CGAGUGCUCUAGCAGACGCCCAGUUUUCACAGAACUAUUGUGUUUGGGUGAAAACAACGCCACGUGAGCCUAGCACAGAAUGACGUUAGUUCUACAAUAUGUGCCAUUUUCUAGCAUGAUAGAACCUAGUUUCUGGCACAAGGUCUCUGAAAAUAAACUCAAUGUCUAUGGUCUUGACGAUCAACCAAGACAAAUUAAAGGUUUCUACUACAAUGGCGAUCCAGGGGGCAUCGCACCCAUGCUGACUAUUGACUAUGCGGCACUUGAUAUCAGCAAUGAUAAAGUGCCCCCACGCAGGCUUGUAUCACAUGGAGUGCUCAAAAUUAUGAACACAGUGGAGGCCUUCAAGGAGUGUGACAAGAAGCUUUUACUUGCUUCCCUUGGCAAUGAGAUAUGGAAUGAUAUAAAAAGUGGAGCUGCACUAAAAGAUCCCAGCUUGUUAUCAAGGUUCUUACUGCUAACAUAUCCUGAUUUGAAAAAGUACCAUUUCUUUUACUGGUUUGCUAGUCCAUGUCUUCUGGCACCAGAAUCAGUAAUGCUGAAUAAACCCCCUUGUCAGCUAAACCAGAGAUUUAAUACUGAGCAGAUUGUCAGCCUCCUUGCAUCAUAUGACAACUACCAAGCCCAGCAGCACCAGUUUCAGAAUUACUUUCUUCUUACAGAAGAGGCUGAUAGAAUCUCAGUGCAGGACAUCGGUUCUAUCAAAGAGAUUCUUUUAGAUAAUAAAAAACUGUUGGUAGGAUUCUGUGAUCCAAGCAAUUUGGAUGCUAACCCUGGCUGGCCUCUCCGGAAUCUUUUAACACUGCUGGCAUAUCACUGUGCUCAGGAUCUGCAGGAAGUGGAAGUAGUGUGCUUUCGUGAUCGCAGCCGCAAAGGUCAGCGAGAGUUCAACCAUAGUCUAGUCCUGUCCCUCAACCUGCCAUCCAUAGCUGAACUCACAGACACCCCAAAAGUGGUGGGCUGGGAGAGAAACGAACGAAACAAGCUUGGUGCUCGUAUGACUGACCUUAGCGCUACCAUGGAUCCAAAAAGGCUGGCUGAAUCUGCUGUUGAUUUAAACCUACGGUUAAUGCGCUGGCGCCUCAUGCCAGAUUUGCGCCUAGAUGAUAUUACUGCCACAAAAUGUCUCCUGCUGGGAUCAGGAACGCUUGGAUGCAAUGUAGCUCGCAACCUCAUGAGCUGGGGGAUUCGUCAUGUCACAUUUGUGGACAACGCACGCGUUUCCUAUUCCAAUCCAGUCCGCCAGUCUCUCUUCACGUUUGAAGACUGCCUUGAUGGUGGCAAGCCUAAAGCUGAAGCUGCAGCUAACGCUUUGAAAAGGAUUUUUCCCGGAGUGAAGUCUGAAGGCAUUUCCUUGUCCAUACCAAUGCCAGGACACUCCCUAUCAAGCAGUGUUGAAGAGCAAGUAGAAAAGGAUGUUCGGCAACUGGAGCAGCUUAUUCAUGACCAUGAUGCUGUCUUUCUUCUGAUGGACACCCGAGAAAGUCGAUGGCUUCCAACACUUAUAGCAGCCGCCCAUCAAAAGAUAGUCAUCAAUGCAGCACUUGGGUUUGAUACAUUCCUUGUUCUUCGUCAUGGAGUGAAAUCAGGGGAGAUGACUUCCAUCCCAGCAACAAGCAGCUCUUGCAGUGCUGAAGGUUUGCCAGGAAGUCAGCUUGGCUGCUACUUCUGCAAUGAUGUUGUCGCUCCUGGGAAUUCGAUGCGAGACCGCACACUGGAUCAGCAAUGCACAGUUACACGACCUGGUGUUUCUAUGAUUGCAUCGGCAUUGGCGGUGGAGUUGCUGAUAUCUGUGCUACAACAUCCAAAAGGUGCCAAUGCAGCUGCUGAUACAAGUGCACAUGAAGACAACCUGACAAAAGAGGCAGAGAGUUCUCUUGGAUUGGUGCCUCACCAGAUCCGAGGGUUUUUGUCCAGAUUUCACCAGAUUCUUCCUGCAGGUCAAGCAUUUGACAAGUGCACAGCUUGUAGUAAUACUGUUCUGGACCACUACCGACAGGAAGGAUUUGAGUUUCUGCGGCGUGCCUUUAAUGAGCCGCUUUACCUGGAAGAAUUAACAGGACUGAAACAGAUGCAGCAGGAGACACUAGAAGCUGAGGUCUGGGACCUAAGCGAAGAGGAGGAAUUCUCUAGCAUGGAGGCUGAAUAAAAUCCUCACCAUCCUUAUGGCAACAAAUCUGCUAAAUCAGCUUGUCGCCCAUAGUCUUUGACCUUUCCACCCUAUCCACCAAAAAAUGGUAUAGAUCACUAGUUUGAGAUGUAAAGAGGACAUGGAUCAUGACAAUGGUAAAGCAGAUGUUUGGGGUGGUUAGCAUGCAUCUCUCUUAAUCAGUACUCUGUCUCUGUUGCUGUGUUACUCCUUCCAAAACAUUUCUGAAUAACGACUGUAAACAAUGUUGUGUGCUAGCUUUUAGUUUAAUUUACUUUAAGUGGACAAAAGAGGCAGAAAGUUCUCUUGGAUUUGUUUUAUGCCAAUGGCUUUUGGCAUCAAAGGUGCAAUGUAUAAUUUAAAAUUGUUAUUUCCAGUAAGGGACCAUAUACGUGGAAACCUUCCACUAAUGUUUUAUUGUUUCUGCCAAUGUAGGUAGACUGAUGAUACUAAUCAGCCAUAGAACAUGCUGUAUUGCUAUUGUUUGUUACUCAGUCAUCCCCAUGAAACCUAAUUUAUUUCAGAUUUUUUAUGUAGCUGAGUAUAUUCAAUUUACGUGGACAGAAUGAAUGGGUUUGGUUUUUUUUUGUAAACUUAAGAGAGAAGAAUGCCACUCAGUAAAGUGCAAAAGAUUAGAUGCAUUUUCUAAAAGGCCUGGCCUGAUAUUUUCUUGGCUCACAUAGCCUGGAAGCAUGCUUAUAUUGUCUGAUAAAUAUUUUGAUUUAUUGCACUUAGUGUUUUUAAGUGCUAUAAAGAUAUUGUGCAGAGUAAGAAUUAAUGCUGUGGCAGUUGAUGUUUAAGAAGGAGCUCUUUCUCUUUACAGAAAGUGGUACACUGCAUCUUUGGAUGUAUGAAUUUUUUUUUAUUUCAACCUGCUUUAAAACUGCUGUGCCUUUCAUGGGAAAAUGAAUACUUGUAUUCUAAAUUUGGUUCAUCUCCAUAUAUGGUGGUGUAUUUUAGACUUGUUUUUAAUAUCAUGGAAUUGUGGGAGAAGGGUAAGAUCCAUCAUAUAUAGCCAGCAUAACAACCUCUGCACAGCUGUGUGAACAUGAACUUACAGAUGAAUGGAUGUUUUCUCCUAUCAAGUUGGACCUCUAUGGUAUGGUUGAGUUCAUUGGUUCUUUGAAUAUGUAUGAACAGUAUUAUAAAAAUAUACAAAUAUGUUAAUAACUUUGUGUUGCACUUUAAUUCGUUUGUGAGUGCUUACACAAAAAGCAUAAUUAUAUAUGUGUAUGCAUGUGUGUGCGUUAUCUAUACUCUUCAUGGAUAAACUGAAUCAGUACAAGAGUCAUAGCUAAUAAUGUUCCCUUAGAAAUAAAAAAAUUAUACUUGAAAUAUAUUUGCCUGAUUUGGUUGUUACUUUUAUAUUUAACCUCUGUUGAAAGUGUUGACACAAUAUUUCAAUAAAUAAAAGUCAAACACAGAAAAUAUUUUACACCUACAAUGGAUUUAUUCGUGUUAUAACCCAAGAACAAAUUAAUAUUUAUUUUUUAAAGAUAUCAGUUAAAACUGUGACAAAACAUAUAACAGUCCACUUGUCAGUCAUGAGAGCAAGUAUACAUGAUAAAUAGCUUUGAAUGACAGGUGAGAACAGAUUGGCUGCAUUCCCAGGUGGUACAUAAACUUUACCUACUGGAACCACUAAUUGAACAUAACUAGCACCUGCUUAUCCAAGUGGAUUACACACCAGAAUUUAAGACUGACUGCCUGUACUUUUCCUGUGCCAUUGGAAUCCCCAGUGAAACAGAGUUUUCUCUUUCCCAUGCAAUUGGCUUAUCUAGCUCCCAUUUUAACUCUGAAAUUUCAAGUGUAAAAGGUGCCACUAUGCAUAAAUGAAUGCAUAAUUAUCUAAAAUAAAGCCAUUUUGUCAAGUUCUUUACUAAAUAUUUUGGCCAAGAAAGAUUGUGCACAAUUAAAACUAUAAUAAAAAUGUUUCUGUCCAUUACAAACAUUGUGACAGAAAACACUGACUUGUGCAACAAAGUAACUACAGAUAAAGACCCCGUAAAAUGUAACAGUAAAAAUGAUGCCCAAUUCAUUGUGCCACACAAUUCAAUUAGUGAUUGUAAUUUGUAGAUAUACAUAAAUAUAGUGUACACAAGGAUAUUUAAACAAUCUGCUGAAGAACUGGCUUUGAGAACCUUGAUUUAUCAACAAUAGAAACAAGAAAGUUGUCUUCUUAAAUUCAUUAAGGAGAGCAAAAUUAACAUUGCAUCCUAAAACCUGUUGAAAUCUUGUGAUGCUGGUACAUGCAUUUCUGAUACAACCACCAUAUUGGCCUUAUCUGUAAAGGUUUAUCUACUCAUAAUUUUCACACAUGACUUAGGUGCAUUCUUUUUGUGGAUGUUUAAGUAUAUAAUAGCAUAAAUGUUAGUACCUUUGAAAACAAAAACUAGAAAUGUUGACCUUUCAGUAUAAACAGGGCUGUUUUAAAAAUAAAUCCCUGUUCAACAACUUAAACUUGGGAUGAGCAACAGGUUCUAAAAAAAGCAGACAUCACCUUCAACUGAUAAUUGAAAACAAAGCACACAAUGUGGUGGCCUACAAGAACAAACAAGAAGGGAUGAGGGAAUUGAGGGAAAAGCACUGCAAAGACACAAAAUGAUGUCUAUGUAGUCACAAUAAUGGAAUGAAAAUGGUUUUUAAUAAAACACUCAUUUUAAACGGAACAUUAUGAUGCCUUCUGCAGUGUAAUUCAAAUAUAAGGGUGCCAUAGAGUGGGCUUGCUGUGGUUUAAUUCACUUGGUGUUAAUCUGUCUGCAUUUUGGGGAUAGGUACUUUCCUUCCAUAGGCGUUCAGAGACUUGGUUUUGGUCCUUGAGACAGAUGGUAUCUUCCCAUUUUUCUUUUUAUUGUCUCUUAAUUUUUUUUUAUCAUAUUGAUGUCACACUUCAAAUCACAAGAGAUUCAAGGGAGCACAUCAAAACCAACAGCCUCCUUAGUAAAUUAAGGAUAGGAAAUGUCACCAAAAACCAGAC